CCUCAGGAAACGUAAAGAUGGCGGCCGAAGCGAGUACAGAUGCGUUCAAAACUGAGACAGAUGUCGUUAUUCCCGGACUUGGAGACUUGCCUGUUUCUGGAAACCAAACUUUAAAACGAGAUCAACCUUCAGGAGAUGAAAGUGUUAGUUCAGGAGCUCUAGAACAUGGCGAUGAAGUCAUGAAAGAAGAGCCAGAUUCGGGGACGCCGCCACCAAAAAAGAAACGGCGACCGAAUAGAAGAAGAGGUAGUAAUCUUAGUGGCCUCGUCCAGAGAGGGCCUAAAAACGCCUUAAUGCAACUUAACGAGAUACGACCUGGUUUGAAUUAUGAAGUCACCUCACAAGAAGGUCCCACACAUUGUCCUACGUUUGUAGUGACCGUUGUUGUAGAUGGACACACAUUCGAAGGAAAGGGCUCCUCGAAACAGAAAGCGAAACACAAUGCCGCUGAAAAUGCUUUGGGUUCUUUUAUUACUCAGAUGCGUACGCCAGCUAAGCAGCUGCGUGCAGAAAGCCAAGAGCAAGCUGGUCUUGCCUCUGUUUCCGAUUUUACUUCGGAUAAUACUGGAACGCUCAUGAAAACCUUUGGAAAUGGAGACCAGCCCAUGCCAGAGAGCGAAACUGAGCGUCCGGCAGCUGAUGUAUCUAUGCCAUCAAGCAGAACCAAAGCUCCCCAGAUGCAAACUGAUACAGGGAAACAUCCAGUAAUGCUGUUGAACGAGUUUCAUCCUGGCACCCAGUAUGAAUUCCUUGGGGAGGAAGGUGAUCAAAAUGCUAAACAAUUCAAGUUUAAAGUCACUGUCGAUGGACAGGAAUUUAUUGGCAUGGGAGGCAGUAAAAAGAAAGGCAAAGCGAACGUUGCUUCCAAAGCUCUCUUUGCAUUGCAUAGCAUCCGCACAUUUUACACCUUCACUGGACAAUCCGAAGCCAGAUAUCAACCAACAUACUUGGGACCUCCACCCUCCGCACAAUUAGAUCCACUAGCUGCAGAUCUAAUUGCCGAGGCUGUGUUAACAAAGUUUCAGAGUCUGCAGUCAGCAGCCGGACAAGAGCCAAUUCGGCGAAAAGUUUUGGCUGGAGUUGUAAUGACAAGCCGGGGUGACAGUUCUCAAAAAUUCGAAGUGAUAAGUCUGGGUACGGGGACCAAGUUUAUAAGUGGAGAGUACAUAAGUGAUCAAGGACUAGCCUUGAAUGAUUGCCAUGGAGAAAUCGUUGCAAGAAGAUCGUUUCUGCGCUUCUUGUUUUCUCAGUUGGAACUAUGUGCUGAAGGAUAUGAGGAAGAGUCAAUUUUUGAGAAAAAAGAGAGCGGUUUGUAUGGCUUAAGAGAUUAUGUUGAAUUCCACUUGUAUAUCAACACCUCACCAUGUGGUGAUGCACGUAUCUUUUCUCCGCAUGAGCAAGUUUCCGGUGAAGGUGAUAAACAUCCAGGAAGGAAAAAGAGAGGCCUUCUUCGGGUGAAGCUGGAAAAUGGUGAAGGUUUGUUAACUUCUUUAUGCUGUGCUAAAUUUUGACAUAACAUUUAGAGACAGCUACGACUUGGGAUAAAGCUGCUGGGACAGUUCAGACUGUUUUCUAACCUUUACACUAUAGUACCCUUUCCUCUAAAGAGAGCGAAAAAUAAGCCCACCCCCAAUUCAAUGAUGUUUUUAAUUCUUGUGUUUCUCUAAACAACAUUGGAUAAGGGGGAAGGGGGUGAGGGAAAGCAUUUGUUUAUUUGGCGACAGUUUCUAUCUUUGCAAGGAUGACAGGAAAAAAAAUAGGCAUUGUGUCUCAACAACACAUUUUGUCCGGGGCUGUAGCUAUUAUUUUCCACAACUCUUGGCAACAAGGUGAAAUACUCUCAUUUUUCAAAAAUACUGCAAAAUGGUAAAUGAUUAUGAAACUACAAUAAGGGUAAAAGUCUCUUGGGCUUUAGUAUCAACACCACAAACCAAAUUCGAAUGAAAAUUUAUUGUAACUAACAUGCUUGGUACUUGAAAUCAGUUAAAUGUUUGGUACAAACAGUGUGGAUACAAACUGAGUGGGUUGAAACUAAAACGAUAAAAGAGCAAAAACUUACAAGUAGCGACUAAGGAAAAUUAGAAUAAGGAAAUAAUGAAGACUGCAAAGAGCGAGGACUGUAAAAUACACUGACAUUGUUUCUACCAGACAAAACUGCUGUGAAGCGGACUGCAAAAUUUGCAUUAUUUAAUAAUGCAAAGAGACUUGUAAGAAACUAAACAGAACUACGGUUAGUAUGGACCAAAAAGAACGAACAAACUGUACUGCAGAACUACGAUGUAAAUUACGGUAGAAUAUGUGGAACAUACAGAAAAGCAAACUAAAGAAGCUGACAAAAAAAGAUGUUAAUGAAGAUGAAAGAUGUAAAGAGAGGCUAACUAGGGGUUGAAAAAUAACACAAGAACUAAACUCCAAAACUUGCUUAAAGAUACUAAACAAAGAGUGACAAACUAUAAGCUUAAUUAAAGUACGCAAUUAAAGCCAAAACGAAUCAUAGAAAAAAUGUUACACUUGGAUCUUACAUGCUUGAUUAACUCCUUGUACUCCGUGAUAUGUACAUUGCAGAAAUAUAUUGUAAAUGUUGCGAUAUUCAAUUUUGUUUUGUAACAAUCCAGAGUCAAAUUUUUAGCUGAACUACAGAACUACUCUUCAUUCUGUUUGUGUUAGCCAUAGAAACUAAGAAAAUACACAGCUGUUUCUGCUCUCUGGAUCUCAUGGACUUCAAUGACCGUCUCAUUUCAACUGCAGUAAAUGAAACGAACUAAAUGGUUUGCUUUUAUAGCCGUCUGUAAAAAGUCACAUGAUGCACAGAUUGCACAAUACCACUGCAUAUCAAAAUAUCAGCCUUGAUCAGAUCCCAUGUAUAUGUUGUGGUUUAUUUUAUCCUUGGUUUAAAAUGUAUUUUUCAUUUAUUUCAAACUACCAUACCCCAAAACAAAGGAAAACAACACGCUAUGGAGCGUACACUUCGGCGUCGUGGUUGUGGAACUACGGCUUGGCGCACGCUACUGGUGUACACGAGCGUAACACCGUGCCUUACGCACGAUUCGCGCUCAAGAAAAGGCACGGUUUUUGUGCCAAAGCACGGGAAAAAAACAUGCAAAGGCACAGAUUAGGCACACUUUAGGCACAGUUAAUGCACGUUUUAAAUAUUGCUAAGGCACACUUUAGGCACAGUUUGGGCACAGUUUUGGCACGGUUUAGGCACGGUUUAGGCACGUUUUGGGCACAAAUAUUCAACGCUGGGCACUUUUUUGAAAAUCUUUGUAACCCGACUUGCAAAAAAGAACAAACUUGGUACGAAUUACAAAAAUAAUUCAGAUCAAACGCGAUACAGUUAGAAGUAUAGGAAGUGUAAGUUUUGAGCCGCGCCGAAAGUCUGGAAAAUUAAAGUAUUCUUCGACAGUCCGUGUUUACUCUUAGGAUAAAGUGGAAAUCACACACGCGAUAUAUGCCGGUCUGAACCUUUUCGAUUGCCAUGCAAUUUUAUAGACUCGCUUUCUUUCGUUUCUAAAAGAAAUCGUGAAAGAAAGUCAAAGCCAUAAUAACAAAAACAAAGCUAAAGAAGUGAGGCACAAAAAUAGCCAAUAAAAGUCGUAGAAAAUACUUUUUGCGAUCGCGCUAAAAUUGGCCUGAAUUUGCAUGACAACAUGAAAAGUACAGAGUGGUAAUUUGAAACCUUCAUGCCAACGCGUGUUAUUUUUAAAUACAAAAUGCGGCUGCUUUUUAAAAAUAUUUCUCUAACUAAAAAGUAGGAUUUACACUGUAGCAAAAUAAUUCAAGCUGCUUGUUUGUUUUUGUUUUCUGGCUCUGUUAGCAAAUUAAGCUUUGAUCGUAUAAUAAUCGAUGAGACGUGCCAUUUAUUUCAAAACUCAUCGGCGUGCAAUCAAUUUUUUCGUUUUCAUUUUAUAAGUCAUAUCACAAGUAAAUUCUUUUUUUGAAUGCAAAUCUGACCUCCUGAAAAAAACAAAUAUUUCGUUCCAACUAAACGCUCCAUUAAGAAGAGGAGAAGAAACCUACUUGGAAAUUUUUUAACAUCGAUGAAAUUAGCAUAAUAUCAACAAUGUAAUCGCAUGCUGAGCACUUACUUUAAAUACGCUAACCUGUUUAAGAUUCCAUUUUCCUGUUUGUCGGGGCUUUCCCUGCUGUCUCUAACCGUAUUCUGAGUCAUGUUAUUUCUUAUUAGGGGAUAAAAGGUCGUCAGACCGUGUUUCUAGACUUCGUAAACCUCAAAACUGACAUAAUUGCCGCGGCGCCCUUUUCGAUUCGCUGUGUGAGCUCGAUAGGCUGGACACGAUUUUCGAAAGUGACUCAAUAUCUUGGCACAACUUGUGCACAGAUUAGGCACAGUUUGGGCACAACUUAGGCACGGCUUAGGGCGUUUUUCAAAACUAAAAUGCACACUUUAUGCACAUCUUAGGCACAUUUUAGGCACAAAAUCUUUAUGCCAAAGCACACUCUAGAAUCCGAUUUUCGGUCCAACGCACGGUUUACUUAAUUUUCACGUUAAAAAAAAGCUGUCUAACCUUACAUAUUUGAUCUUAGCGUAAAAAUGGGUUUCCCAAUUCUUAACAGUUAGUCUAUAAGGAAAAUUUAACUUAUGAGCAUUCCAAAAUUAUUAUUUCUUCUCUUAACAACAACAGAAAGUCAAUGAAAAGCAAUCUUUUAAAUUGACGCGUUAAGGCUGCACAGAGAUCGUAUGUAGACAGAACAUCUUUCUGAAAACGCCCUAAACUUUGUUGUUUUGCCGUUAUGUUCAGUAAUUUUUAAUACAGUUAGUACUCAUAAGUCACUGACCUCUUCGGAGAAAUUUUUCCAAGGUACUAUUAACAGAAACAGAGAAAUCCCACAAUAUGCGUGGUUAGACUGUAAAUGUUACGCGAGCUGUUAAAAAAUGGUCCCAUUUUGAGCCAUAUUUUUCAUAUUUCAAUUUUAUUUUGGUCUUACAGCCACGAAAAAAAUAUUCAAUGAAAAGCUGUUUAUAAACUUUAACUGUUUGCCAAAUAUCGAUGCGAUCUGAGUUUUAAUAAGUUCGUAAGAGCCAAACGAUGUGAGAUGCUUAACCGUGUACACCAGUAGCGUGCGCCAGGCCCUACUUAAUUGUAAAUGCGGAGGAAUAGUAAGAAAUCAAAAAUGGUAAGAGUAAGGUGUUAAUUUGUGAAAUUAUGGGAUUUGUCAGGAUAUUCUGAAAAGAGCAACAUCCAAGAGGCCUACUUGCCAAAAACUAGCAUUUCGGGACAAAUUGUCUCCGAGGUAUUAGCCCAGCUAUGCUCUGAUGACUCCAUGCAAAUCCUUUUAAAAAAACAAUUCUCUAUUUUUCUUAGUCACAUCAGGCUUCAAAAACAGCAUAGCAGUCUCAUGUACUGAUUAAAGAUAUGUAAGGCAUGGGUAAGGAGUCAAUUUCGUUGAGCAUGGAAUUGGCUAAAACUCAAAGUCACGAGUUCGAAUGUUUUGAGGAUAAUUAUUCACUGACUAUCAGCACGCAGGGAUGUCGGAUUAACACAAGGAAGUUUAACACCAAAGGAACAUAGCCUUUACAGAGCUUUAAAACACAGCAUCCACCAACGUAAACUGGACUUGAACUUUGAGUAAAACUAAACAGCCUCUACCAAUAAUAACAAACUCUCACUUGAACUUCAGAUAUCUUACGGCUUCCACGAACUUGUAAACACAGAACCUGAAAAUCGACCUUUGUCACACUUGACUAAACACAGCAGUCCAGCUCGUGGGAAAAAACUUAGAUCGCCAAAAGAACUCGCUUGGAACUUGUAUACCGUUUGACAUAAGGUUCUAGAAAAUACUAAACAGGCGAAUAGUAGUAGCUUCUCGACAUAUUUUAUGAUUUCAGUAACUGAUGCAAAUCUGCUGACUCAUGCUGAAAUGUAAACAUACCCUAAUUAAUUAUUCAUGUAUAAUCCAAAAACGUAGAGAACGUUCGAGAGAGUCAUGCAACGCGACACUCAGCAAAGACAAAAUGUCUUUGUGCAGCAUUUUGUAACUUUAAAUUCGUCAUAAAACAGUUCGAAAGGAGUGCUCACUCGUGAAAUGUUUUUCAACACUCGAAGAGAAAUUUUGUGUCUCUGCGCGGCCACGAAAUAUCCUCUAUUUAUUUCUCGAGUGACUAAACUCGAAGUGAUCUCAAGAUAUCACGAAGUAGUCCGAUCUCAUUUCGCGAAAUAGUUGAAACAAGCCGAAAAGUCACGAACUUGCGCGCCCAAUCUUGUCCCGAGACUAGUGCAUCAUUUCAUAACUAUUUUUCAUAUGCCAAACUACCUUGGGUCGCAGUAGCGCAAUCGGCUAAUCCCUCAACUUAGAGUCUCCUCUGAUCUGAUGGGUCACACAGGUGAGUCGGUUCAAACCCCGGGAAAGCCAAAAUAAUAAUUUUUUCUUCCUCGAAAAAGUGAAAGAAUAAAUCAAAGAAAUCGAAGUGAUCGCGAGAUAUCUCGAACUAAGUCGGCUCUCACUUCGUCAAAUAGCCGAAUAGAACUGAAAACCUACAGACUUUGCUUGCCCAAUCUUGUCAAAAAAUUGCAACUUUGAUACAUUCCUGAGCAUCUGAGCUCCGCCGAAGUAAUAAAUUUAACCAAGAACAAAUUGAACCACAACAUGUACACCCAAUAUUUUGUAAUAACUAUUAUUUUGGUUUCAAUAUCUAUAUAAAAGAAACCCAGGUUUAAUUUAAUCCCAGAUUAAGCACUUAUCGACUUUCGAACAACAGGGCCCAAGAGUUUUUAGGUCAAUUCCUAGACUCAGUCCAUCACUCAGGGGCUUAACUGAGAAAUGAUCUUCUGCCUUUGACCUGCAUAUGGCUAGAUCUUUGCGAGGCUCAGAUGACCAGAUAAAAUGGCAGCUCUGUCUGCAGUAGGAGAUUUAAAAACCAAGUUCUCAAUAUUGUGCUAAGUACAUUGACAAUCAAAUAAGGAGCAUUUUUAUCCCACUAAAACCUACUGCAGAAUACAGUCAGCUCUUGCCUUGCGGACACCACACUAUACAAUACGGACAGCAGCUACAUCCUCUGCAAAAAUAAAACGGAUGAUUGACUGAAAUAAACUCCCCGUAUUACAGGCUCUUGCUAAUGGGGACACUAACUUGAGGUCCCCAUGGUGUCCGCUGUAAAGGGAAUUGACUGUACUGUAGGAGGAGCUCCCCAUGAUGAAAUUCAAACUCAGGGUGAUUGGACGAUGUACUUACAUACAUACCAACCUUUAUUUUACUCUGAAAUUUUAGAGGAACUUACAGGCACUAAUAUCUUUGAGGAAAAAUACAUAAAAUACAUUGCAUUAGCAGAGAUUUUUUGUAAUUCUUUUUGAAGACAUGUAUUCAGGGCUGUCAAUAAGAGGCAGGGGCCAGGGACUUCCCCCGGCUGCUAUUAAUGUGUCCCCCAGAUACUUUCAUCGGAAAAUAGAAGAAAAAUUGCCCUAACCCGGCCUACUUGUUGUAUUUACCUGGCAACUUGAAAUCUUAGUGACAUCCCUGUGAAUUAGGACAGCAUUUCACAACAUGUUUGCAGUUGUUAUUUUCAAUCACCAAGAGUUUCUUCUUAGUUUUCUUUUUUUUUUCUUUCUGACAGGUACAAUUCCAGCCUUCAAUGGAGGCACAACCAUUCAAACAUGGGAUGGUGUCCUUCAGGGAGAACGUCUGCGGACUAUGUCUUGUUCAGACAAACUGUGCAGAUGGAAUGUCAUUGGAGUUCAAGGAUCCCUCCUUAGCCACUUCCUGGAGCCAGUGUAUCUUCAGUCAAUCGUUCUCGGCAGCUUGUAUCACUAUGAACAUAUGUCUAGAGCAAUGUACCAGAGGCUUGGUGAUCUGGAGGGACUACCACCACUUUUCAAACAGAGCCGCCCUUUGAUGAAUGGUACUACAGCUCCAGAAGCAAGGAUAACCAUCAAAUCUCCAAACACCAGUGUAAAUUGGAGUGAAGGUGAUGAAGGUUUUGAAUUGGUCAAUGCCAUAAGAGGAAAGGUAGGUGAGGUUCCAGUAGCCUCGCGACUUUGUAAACAGAAUCUGUUUAAAUGGUUUAUAUCUCUCUGGAGGAAGCUCAAGCCUGCAGAACAGGUACCGCUCUCAUACCAUGAUGCAAAAGAAGGAGCGGUGGACUAUCAGUCAGCAAAAAUGAUUGUGAUGAAAGGAUUCCAUGGCCAAGGUCUUGGUUCAUGGAUCAGAAAACCUGUGGAACAAGACAUGUUUGAACUGUCAGAUGCAGCUCAGUGAUUAAACAGGAAAACACUUUCCUUUUUGGUAACUUUAGAAAGACAGUAUGUAAUGUAGAGUAUCAUGCAUGAACCUUUUUUAACACAAUAAUGUCUGUGUUAGACAGCCAUUAUGUUAAAACUUUGUCAAACCAGAAAAAGUAAAGAGCAGACCAUUCCUUUUGUUGAGCUACCACCAAGUUGGAUAAUGUUAGGCUUGUAGCUACGUUGCCAAAAAAAAGAAACUGUAAAUUUUUUCAAGUUUUUAAAUUUUACCUGGGUUAUUUUUUAGAAUUCACAAUUUUCACUGAGUCCAUAAUGCACCUUGUUUACCCCCAAAACAGUACAUAACUAUUGUUUCCAAUUCCUCCAGGGUGUCACAGUCAUUACAAAGAAAUUGGAGACAGUAGUUAUGCAAAAUUUUGGGGGGUAAACGAGGUGCAUUAUGGUCUAUGUAAAAAUGGUAAAUGGUGUCUUUAAAUUGUUCUUGUUGUUGUUUUUGUUUCAUGCUUAAAGUAGCCAAAGUGAAAUCAAACAAACCCACACAAGACUUACUAAUGCAAAGGUUGUGCUGUAAGAAAGAUUUUCAUCAGAGUUACGUGAAAACCUCUGCAAGGCACCGUGCAUUUUAAUUUUGUACAAAACUGAGAUUUGUUAGAUUUCUUGAACGUCACCAGUGGGUGCAGCUAGAGUGCAUCCCUGCCUGUAUAAACUAUCACUCAAAUUAAUGUAAAUUUGCCUUUUGAUCAUGCUAGACUUAAUUCUCUGUUAAUUAUGGUACUUCUGCACAUGAGAAGUUAUCUAGUUCAAGAUAUCUUAUUUAUCAUAAGACAACCAAUGCACAGACAUUGAAGUUGUUUGGUGUGUGCCAGAGCAAUAGCUUUCUAGUAGUCAAGUCCUGUAGCAGUCCCUUAGUAUUGUUGCAUAUUGACAAAAGCAUAUCGAGUAGGCAAAAAAUGAAACUAUUGCAGCUGUUCCAUCUCCAUUGUCUCUAAACCUGCCUUUGCUGCACAAGCUGGGCAUUCAACCGACUGAAUAGAAACUACUACCAGACUACAACCUUUCUUCACUCUUUCACUCCCAGAAGGUACCGAGUCAAAAUUGAAGAAAAAAUCAAUUUUUUUUUCAGUGCUGACAAACAAAGCAUAUCCUGUAAAAGUGCUCAUGUAGAGGUUUGAUUUAAAUGGUAACAUCAUGGGAUUUGGUCGAACUACUUACUAAAUAAACAGUUCCACAGGAAAGCACUGCAAGCUAGCUUUCAUUUAAAUGGUCAAACAAUAAGAUUUCAUGCACAAACUUGGAAGUUAGAACAGCCUUGUGCAACAUAGUAAGCAGCUCUACAGGAAAGUUCUGCUCAGUAGCUUUCAUUUGAGUGGUCACACCUCAGGAUUUCAACCAAAGACUCAAAAGUUAGAACUACCUUGUACAGCAUAAUAAACAGUACCACAGGAAAGUACUGCUCAGUAGCUUUCAUUUCAGUGUCCACAUGUAAGAAUUUUGGGACUGUGUUUAAUAUCUCUACCAUUGACUUUUGAGUGUGGAAUGGUUAACCCAGGUCAAAACAUUUUGACCCAAGAAACAAUCAUUAAGGAAAUUUCUUCUACCACUGUUCUUAAAAGUUAUAAGAAGACAAAAACACUUCCUUGCACUAGUGCCCACGUCCCCAAUAAUAGCGAUAUUUCUUUUUUCGUCACCUAUUGUUAUUACUGUGCCAAACAAAGGAUCAUUGGCUAUUGAAACAAAAGUUUCUCUUGUCUCGGUGAUUGGCACGUGUAAUCGAAUAACAGAAAAUGAUGUUUACAAACAAAUAUAGCAAAAUUCUGGGAGUGGGGGCUAUUCUUAGGAAUGUUUGACAGUAGUUGUUACCUUUUACCUUUAAAUACCGUUGUAAAUACCUUCUUUUUGUUGUACUCUCAGGGGCGGAUCCAGGAUUUUUUUUAGGAGAGAGUGCACUCGUCUCUUGCUCUACUUCAACACCAAUAAACCACAUAGGUUUUAUUUGUUUUUGCAGAAUGCCAGUUGUAUUAGAAAACCGCAGGUCAUCUCAGUGGGGGGUGGGGGGUGGUGCGCACACCCUGCACCCUCCCCCUAGAUUCGCCCCUGACUCUAGAGUUAUUUUUUUCGUGCAGUGAUGUUAAUUUAUCUUCACCCAAGAUUCCAAAUUCAUUGAAGCCUAUGAUACUCCCGUCUACAGUGUAAGGCAAAGGUGCUGGAAUUUUUAAGACUUGGUGCUUAAGGAAAUUUGGAAAACACUAUAUUUGCUGAAAGAUAAUAGUGUUUAUUUAAACUCGUGCAAGUUUUUUCUGUAUCUUUAACGUAGUAAGCCUUAAAACGGCUGUAUGUGCUACAGUAAAAAUCCGCAAGUAUUAAAAUAGAGCCUGUUUUUUUUUGAGGGACCUGAUAGACGAAAAUUUGCCAGUUAGGCCCCCUCUAUACAAGAAGCUGUUUAGCCUAAAAUUUGAAACAGGUUCUUACUUUCUAAAUUUUCUAAAAUAUUUUGUACACUGUGGCAAAUAAGAUACGUCAACAUUCAGGAACCUCUUCGGAGACAGGUGAUAAGCUGAAUACCGCUAAAUAGUCUUAGCUACAAAGUUUUUUUUCCUUCAGAAAGUAAGACCCUAUUUAAGAACCUAAAUUUGCGCUAAAGACCAUUUAUGUAAGAACCUGUUCAGGAUAACUUGGGAAAAUUCAGGUUCUUUAUACUCGCGGAUUUUAACUUUACGCCUUGCAAAGAGCAGCGUGUGGAUUAGAAAAUCAUAGUUUGAAGUUUAGAAAUAUCUGCCAUUUCCCAUGAAUUUCUUUUAGUUGUAUAGUAACCCUAGCUAGUUUAAGUUGCCCGGCCUGUAUUCUGUAGUUAUGCCGCAGCAUUAUAAAUAUUUAUUGUAUAUUUCUGGUUGUUUGUUUGCGUUAUGAAGAUAUUGACGAGAUAAAUUUUCCAAAAC